AUGGAAUUAGCGGUGGCGUGGAUGCUGUUUGACAAGAGUGCUAUAUUAACUGUACAUAAUCAUGUAAUUACGAGGAAUCCACGAAUAUCUGUCACUCAUGACAAGCAUAGAACGUGGUAUUUACAUAUUAACAACGUUCACGAAGAUGAUAAAGGGAAAUAUAUGUGUCAAAUUAAUACAGCAACAGCAAAAACUCAAUACGGUUUUUUAGAUGUAGUCGGUGAGUAA